GUGCAAACGGACGUGUUACGAAUUUUAUCUCGAUUUUUACCUUUUUCUCUGUGUUUUGACACAAAAAGUCACUAAAAAUACGGGAAAAAAAUUUCCGACAACUUGUGCGAAUAAUUUUUGAAAAAUACUGAAAAUUCAGGUUUCCGCAAAAUCUGAAGUGAAGAAAAAAAAAUAAAACUUAAAAUUAAUUAAAUUCAAAAUAUUAAAAAAAAAAAUAAAACAUCAGUUCAUAAAAAAUAAAAAAAAAUUAAUAAAAAAAAAUAAAAUUAAAAUUUUAAUUAAAAUAAAAUUAAAAAUUAUAAAAAAAAAAUUAAAAAAUAAAUUAGGAGCAAGAAAAAAAGAAAGCCAGUAGUCCAACUAACAAGCAGAACGGAGAACAAUGAAGGAAAAAUGCUGCUAGAAAGCUCGUAGACGAAGUUUUCAGUGUUUCUCUCCCGGGCACAGAAGAUAUACCUAAAAAAUAAUAAAUAAUGAAAAAAUAAAAAAAAGUGAAAUGAGAAAUAAGUGUCAAAGUUUUUCAUCUCCUGAAAAGCUACAAGUCCUGAAAAAUAAAUGAAAAUAAAAUAAAGUUGAUGAUAUUAUAAAAAAAAAAUAAAAAUAAGAAAAGAAAAGCAAAUAAAUAAAAAAAGUGAAGUGAUGAUAAAUUUUUAGCAAUAUGGAAGUUUUUUCGGCCAAAAAUUGAAAAAAAUAAAAAAGUGAAAAUUAAGAAAAAAAUGAAACGUCGUGUCACAAUCGCUUUUCCGCCGAUUCAGUCGAAUCACAAUCCAUGCGGAUUAUCGUUAUGUUGCUGUUACACCUCUUCUUCCUAUAAUAAUAACAACAACAACAAUUGUUCGUUCCAUUCGUGUGAGCUUAAUAACUAUAGCAAUCAACGGCAUUUUAGCAGUAGAAGCAGCAGUGCUUCGUCAUCGUGUUCAUCUUCGUCAACCACGUCAAUGCAUCGUCGAGCUUCGAACACAUCACUCGACACGGAUGAUUGGCGCGUUUACCUUUUCAUUGCCGUAAUUGCUGUCGGUUGUUACCUCAACGGCAUCCAUGGGGACUUUGUGCACGACGACAUUCCCGCAAUUACGAUGAACAAAGAUGUUUUGGGUGCCACGCCGCUCACACAUGUGUUCCGCAAUGACUUUUGGGGCACCCCCAUGUCCGACAUCAAUAGUCACAAGUCGUAUCGACCCCUUACGACACUCAGUUUUCGAUUAAAUCACGUCCUUUUCGGACUCCAUUCAAUUUGGUUUCACGCGACAAAUGUCCUGCUUCAUGCCGUGGCAUGCGUUCUUUUCACCAAAGUGUGCACGACAAUCGCGGGAUUGCGCAAGAAUUUCGCCAUUUUCGCGGGAAUACUCUUCGCCAUACAUCCGAUCCACACGGAAGCUGUUACCGGAAUUGUGGGUCGCGCCGAUGUUCUUGCCUGUAUAUUUUUUCUUGUGUCCAUUUUAGUGUAUCACGGGCAAAUUGACGAUCCCGACAGUACCUCGAUACUGCUCAGCACUAUUCUGGGCGGACUUAGUAUGUUAGCGAAAGAGACGGGCAUCACGGUGCUGUUAAUCAAUUUAAUGUUUGACGUGUACAAAAGUUGGCCGUCACUCAAGCGAACGAUCGUCGAUGUGCGAUGGAGCGAGGAAACGUAUCAGUUUGCGAGACGCUUUUCGCGUGUUUUGUUGUCGAUGGGCGUGCUGCUGGCAAUCCGUUUGGCAUUGUUGCAAGGAUCGCUUCCGCGAUUCUCACAGCAGGACAAUCCAGCGGCGUUUCAUCCGAACAUUUACGUGAGAUUGAUGACAUUUUGUUAUCUGGCGGCGUUCAAUUGGUGGCUCUUGCUUUGCCCGUCGACACUGAGUCACGAUUGGCAAAUGGGCUCGAUACCGCUCGUGACAUCCAUCAGCGAUGCACGCAACAUUUUGACGUUCGUGACGUUUUUCGUGCUAAUUCUGCUUUCGUAUCGGGCGCUCAUGGAUUUUGAGCAUCAUCGCCAUGUUCCCCUCGUUUUGGGAAUUAUGAUGUUGAUUACGCCAUUUAUGCCCGCAACAAAUUUACUCGUCACGGUUGGCUUUGUGGUCGCUGAACGCGUUCUGUAUAUUCCUAGCAUAGGCUGUGUGUUAUUAGUUGUGUAUGGCGCGCAAAAUUUAUGGCAUGCCAUGCCAAAAUCCAGAUGUAUCAUAAUUAUUACGAGUAUAUUACUGCUCACAGCUGGUUGUCUCAAAACACUUUGUAGAAAUAAAGACUGGAAUUCGAGAGAAAGUCUAUUAAGGGCUGGAUUGAAAGUUCUUCCACAUAAUGCCAAAAUGCACUACAAUUUUGGCAAUUUUUUACGUGAUUCAGCGGAACACGAAUCCGCGAUUCGACAUUAUCAUGAGGCGCUGCGAUUGUGGCCCAGUUACGCAAGUGCUCAUAAUAAUCUCGGUACGUUGCUCGAUAGUCCCGAAAUGGCGGAGCAACACUUUUUAGCUGCCAUACGGUAUUCGAGCGAGCAUAUUAAUGCGCAUUAUAACCUUGGGAGGUUGUACAGAAAAUGCAAUAAAACAGACGAGUCUGUGCAUUUGUUGGAGCGCUGCAUAAAGCUGGAGCCACGAUUCGUACCUGCUUAUCUAGAAUUAGUGAAAAUUUAUCGUGGUUGGUCGGCGGGGCGUAUUUUGCAACGUGUCGUUCAAAUAAAUCCCAAAAAUGCCGAUUUGCGAGUGCAAUACGGCGAUUGGUUGUAUGAGCAUCAUCUGCUGCAUGAAGCACUUUAUCAGUACCAAAGUGGAUUGCGAGCUACGAGUACCCAUCAAACGGCACUAACACGAACGUGUCGUACAUUACGUCGACUUGGACAAAAUUCUCGACUGCACCAACUAAUUUUAAGGUGGCAGUUUGUGAUACAACGUUCUAAUGGUUUCGUACCAACUCAAUCAAAUAUUUACCUUCGUGACUGGAGUCUAAAGCAUGAGUUGAGAAAUCGUGCCAUGAUAUAUGAUAAUGACAACUUAAUAAGAGAGACGAAGCAGACAUCCACGUCUUCGCCCGCUGCUUCAACGUCAAGUAGCAACGGCAGAUCUACCGACAGCGCUGAUCGCAACGCAGAUAACAACAUUAAUAACCUUCAACCACCUGUACAUUCAAAUUAUCAUCAUCAUGCCAAGACACAAACAUCCUCGACGGCGGCAUCGAGUCAUUGCAAUCGCUCCGACAAUACGAGUCAAAGUUGCAAAAAGGACCGCGUUAUCACACGAAAAGCGGGAAUUUCCGCAUCGCAACCUUCCGCGUCGACAAGUGAACGCAAAACGAGCGACGUUGAGAGCAAAUCGAAGCGAUAUGCGAAAACGAGACACACAAAAGUGCUGACGGAAGAAGAUUCGAUUGCGCCAUUAUUGCUCCCGAAUAUCUUGGAAAAACUGUAAAAGUGCUUGUGAGUAAGAAAAAAAAUGUAAAAAGUCCCUUGAAAGACUGUUUUUCGAAAAAAAUGA